CGCGAGGUACGUCUCUUUGAACGCACCUUGGCUUACGGGAGAAACAUCGUUUUCAAGAAAAAAAAAAAAAUAAUAAAACGGAAAACGAGAAAUAGAAAGAAAAAAACUAAAUGAAAAGCGAAUUCUGUUCGCUUUUCAUCUUCUGUGCUUGCAGGGUCGCCGUCCGAGUGCCAUCGUCACACACACACACACACACACAUACACCGUGACAACGGAACACUGAGUUCUGCCACUACCAUGAUCCACGGUCGGCACUGUUUGUUGUUUUCGUACGGCCGCACGGAUCUCGGUCACUGAUAGCUCGCGCCGCCCGAUCUCCUCCGCGCCCCACCGCCGACGACGCCGCCGAGAGUGUGUGCGUAUACUCGCCGCCGUAGAGUGAGCGCCGCGUGUGUGUGCGUGCGUGCGUGUUAUCUUCCGUUUCUGGAUCUCUCUAACCCAGUGAUCGCUAUCCGCCGCCGACAACGGAUUCUGCCAAACCGUGAACCGUUCCGGAACGCGCUCGCCGAGCCGGUGGACCAAACGAAUCGGGACGCAUCCAGGACAGCAGCACGAUGAGUGCCACCAGCGAAACAGCCGCAAAACUCAACGUGCCCGACGAGCUCAGGGAGAUGCUGCUCGACUUCACGAUUGGCUACUUGCUAGAUCAGCCCAGCGACAUUGUCGACUAUGCGAUUGAGUUCUUUGACAAGUUGAAGAAAUCCAAGUUGUCCGCAGUACAGCAACAGAGCCAAGGUGAUUUCAGCGAUGAAGACGAUGCUUCAGAUAUCGAAGCGCCGCCAACACGUUAUAGUUCUAGACGCAAAUCAGUUUUUGCAGAAACUUACAAUCCAGAAGAAGAUGAAGAAGAAGAAGGACCAAGUGUUGUAUUUCCUAAAUCUGAUGAUCAACGUCAAGCCUUAGCAGCUAGUGUUAAAAAUAUUUUCAUAUUCAGGGCGUUGGAUCCUGAACAAAUGAAUAAUGUGAUUGAUGCUAUGUUCGAUCGAGAAGUGCAUGCUGGAGAUGAUAUAAUAAAACAGGGUGAUGAUGGUGAUAACUUUUAUGUCAUUGAUAGAGGCACAUUUGAAGCUUAUGUCACUGAUCCAGAAGGUAACAAUCAUUUGGUGCAUACAUAUGAACACAAGGGUAGUUUUGGAGAGCUCGCAUUAUUGUAUAAUAUGCCUCGAGCAGCAACUAUUAAAGCCAAAUCAAAUGGUCUUUUGUGGGCCAUGGAUCGUCAAAUAUUUAGACGUAUUGUAUUGAAGAGUGCAUUUAAAAAACGCAAGAUGUACGAAGAGCUCAUUGAAGUUGUUCCUAUGUUAAAAACAUUACAGUCAUAUGAACGUAUGAAUUUGGCUGACGCUCUAGUCCCUAAAUACUAUCAAGACAAAGAUUGCAUUAUAAAUCAAGGUGAUCCAGGAGAUGGCAUGUAUUUUGUUGAAGAAGGAAUUGUUAAUGUAUUAGUAACCAGUGAAACUGGUGAACAAAUCAAGGUUAAUCAAAUAGAAAAAGGUGGUUAUUUUGGUGAACUAGCACUUGUCACCCAUAAAGGUCGUGCUGCAUCAGUGUUUGCUGAAGGCAAAGUCAAAUUAGCAUUUUUGGAUGUUGAUGCAUUUGAACGUUUGCUUGGCCCAUGUAUGAACAUAAUGAAACGGAACAUUGAGGACUAUGAGAACCAACUGGUUAAAAUAUUUGGUUCCAAACAAAACAUGACAGAUGUUCGAUGAAUGAUUACCAGCUGACUGGUCUCUAUGAUUGUGUUAUAUAUCCGUUUUUAGUUUUAUUGUUUUUCUUAUCCUACUGAUAUUUGGUAAAUCAUUAUUUUUCUUAAUUUACCAUUAGUUAUUU